AUGAGUUUUCGUUCCUGGGAUCUGUAUGAGUACCCCUUGCUGCAGAGCACAACCAAACAUUCGUGGGCUGUUAAAACUGCAACACAAUUAGAAAAGCCUCGAUUCGUUAUCUUUGCACUACAGACCGGUCGCAAGAAUAUCAUGUCUCAAGGUGCUACUAUUUUUGACGAUUGUAAUUUGAUCAAUGUGAAACUUUAUCUCAACUCUGAAUUUUAUCCGUACGAUGACUUGAAUCUAGACUUUCGUAAAUCUAGAUACUCCAUCCUGUUUGACAUGUACCAACGUUUUCGUAAAUCUUAUUAUGGACGUGAUUGCUACGAUACGCUGCUUAACGUGGUCACAUUUCUGCAAAGAGAACCUUUUACAGUGAUUGAUUGCUCGCGGCAAAAUGAGUCCAUCAAAAGUGCUACUGUGGACGUGCGCAUUGAAUUUGAUUGCAAAGAAAAUGUGACAGCGAGCACUACCGCCUAUUGCCUUAUCUUACAUGAUCGUGUAAUUGAAUACUGUCCAUUGUCUAACGUUGUGCGCAAAAUCAUGUAA